AUGGCCGCACAGCGCUUGCCACCGUCUUCUGCCUCCUCAUCCUCAACCACCCACGCUCCAACCUCGUCCUCGCGCGUACUCCACUUCACAGGCCACGCCCGAUUCCGGCACCGCCUCGUCCUCUCCCUCCUCUCUCGCCGACCAGUACGGAUAGACCGGAUCAGGCCAGACGACGACAACCCCGGCUUGAGAGUCUACGAGGUCUCCUUCCUCCGCUUGGUGGAGAAACUCACCCAGGGUUCGAGGGUCGAGAUCAGCUAUACCGGCACAAGCGUCCUCUUCCACCCCGGCACGAUCCAGAACGGCCAAAUCACCCACCAGUGUCCGCUCGAACGAGGCGUAGGGUGGUUCCUCGAACCGCUGUUGGCGAUCGCGCCGUUUGGGAAGAAGGAUCUCAGUUUGACGUUGAGGGGCGUCACGACGGAUGGGAGGGACGCGAGCGUGGAUGUGGUCAGGACGAGCGGGUUGCCUCACCUCGCCAUGUUCCUCGACAAGGAGGGCGUCGAGUUGCGGAUCACGAAACGCGGACACCCUCCUCUCGGCGGCGGCGAAGUAACCCUAACCUGUCCCUCAGUCCGCGCCAUCAAAUCCGGCUUCGAAUUCACCUCCCUCGGUCGCAUCUCCAAAAUCCGAGGAAUUGCCCACUCGGUCCGCGUCUCGCCUCAACUCGCAAACCGACUCGUCGCUUCCGCCCGAAGCGUCUUGAACCGCUACAUCCCCGAUAUCUAUAUCUACACCGACGUCUACCGGGGAGAAGAUAGCGGGAAGUCCCCCGGAUAUGCGAUCACCCUCGUCGCAUCAUCAACCUCUCACGUCCUGCACUCCUCCGAAUCCUCGUCCUGCCCUUCCCCUUCCUCCUCCUCCUCCUCCUCCUCUACCGCCCCCCAAACGCCCGAAGAUCUGGGCAUCCUCGCCGCGCGCGCACUCCUCUCACAAAUCGCCCGCGGAGGAUGCGUAGACAGAGGCUGGGAAUGGCUCGUCACUACCCUUCUUGUAUUGGGCGGGGAAGACGUCGGAAAAGUGAGGGUGGCUGGUCCGCUUGAUGCGGCUUUGAUCGCGCAUUUGAGGGACUUGAAGGCUUUCUUUGGUACGACGUUCAAGAUCAAGCCUGUCCCCUCUCUCCCUUCUUCCGCCACCGCCGACGCCGCCGCCGACGACGACGCAGAAGGAGCGAACGGCCUGGGAAAAGAGCGGGAAGAGUAUGUCCUCAGUUGCGUUGGGACUGGGUUUGUCAAUACGGCGCGGAGGGCCGGGUAG